GUGAGUGUGCGCACUCCAUUGGUCGGGGUGCCGGAAGGGGCGGAUUCCUGAGUGGAACCCAGGCUUCCUGCCGGGGCUGCUGGCUGCCGUUCCUUCCUCAGUCGCGGUUCUUGGCGUGCGGCGCGGCUAGGCGAUGCCCAGCAGUGGGGUGCACGCCGAUGGCCGCGCCGCGCCGGGGCCCCCACACACAUCGACUGCGCACGCCGAGUCCCUUAGCAGCAAGAUUAAAGAACAGAAAAUUAUUGUGGAUGAACUUUCUAAUCUAAAGAAGAAUCGGAGAGUAUACAAGCAGCAACAGAACAGCAACAUAUUCUUUCUUGAAGAUCGAACAAAAAUCUUUUCUGAAAGCAAAAAUACAUUAGACGAACUAAAAAAAGAAUACCAAGCAUUAGAAACCUCCGAGACAACCAAAGUCAAGACACAGUCAACCUGACUUCACAUAACCAUGUGUGGCAUUUGCUGUUCUGUAAGCUUCUCUAUUGAACACUUCAGUAAAGAGUUAAAAGAGGAUUUGCUGCAUAAUCUUAGACGGCGGGGCCCCAACAGCAGCAGGCAGUUGUUAAAAUCUGCUGUUAACUAUCAG